CAAUUUCAGAGCUACUUUGAUGAUUUCACGCCAUUGCUCGUAUAUCGCCAAACAUAACGCAAUCUCCCUAGAGCAUCCUAUUUGAACUUUCCCGCAAAAUGGCCAAAAAACUCGGCUUUGAUCUGCCUAACGGAUGCCAUCUCGUUCACGGGAGUGGGUCGCUCAUCAAGACCGCAUAUUCGCCCGAAACCGGGUUGCCUGGUACCCUGCAGAUCCUCAGCUACGGUCAUGACCAAGACUCCAGUUCUGUGGCGUUUUGUGGCCCCAGUGGUCUUUUCCAAUUCGAUACAACCUGCCGCAUGCCCCGUCACGUGCACAUGGCACCCACAAAGGAAGGAGAGGGGAUGCAGUAUGUGGUGGAAAAGAUCAUAGUCUUGAACGGGGUUGCCAUUACGGAACUGGGGGGAGAAAUCUACGUCGUACCUCCAGACACUAUGGUCACUAUUGGACACGGCGUACCUCAUUCAUGGGUCGCUGCCCCCUCUGGCAUGGAUUUGCAAGCGCUGGGAGUUGCGGAUGAGCCGAUUGUGUCACGUGGACAGUUUCUGGCGGUUUUUGAAUACGAGAUGCCGACCUCCUUCUUCCCUACGCGCCAGACACAAACCCUGCACACGGAAGAAGAUUACGUGAGAUGUGAUGACUUGCACUCUAUUAGAAUUGCAGAGAUGGAUGCUGAAUACCUGAGAAAGAAUGCCUGGUUUGUUUGGGGGAAUUCAUGUCGAAAGUUAGGAUCUACGAAGCACAGCAAUUGAGCGAUGCAUGGCUACUAGCAAAGUCUCACAGCUCUUCAAUGUCGAAUCGCAAGCAAACCCCAAUGUAUAUGGGAAAUUGAGGAAGUUAGUCGGCAUGGUUCGAGAGUGCCUGAUCUUUGGCCUUAGCCAAUUCGAAUCGAAGCCGUGCACCUGAUAUAACACAAUCAUCUGAACAUUAGAGAAACGUGUCUGGAUCAUAGUUGUGGGUAUAUAACG